ACACCCAAACGUGGUCAACAAGUCUAUCAUGUGUAGCGGCAGAUCGUGUGCUACGCCUGGCUUGUUAGAUCUAGUCGUCGUCCUACAUCUCAACGCUGCAGGGAUUUUUUUAUUUUAAAAAAAUUUACAUUUUCAUUGGCAUAGUAAGUCUUUAAUAAACUAGUUAGUUUAAGUAGCGUAAGUUACAAUGAUUUUAUCAAAAAUGUUUAUAAAAUAUGUAAUAGCAACGAUCGUUUACUGUGGAGCAUGUACAUUUUUAAUUUAUCCAACAUUCUGUCAGUGGCUUUCAGCUUCAUCCCCAGGUACGUCAUUUCAGUUUUUUUCGGAAAAAAAGGGGGGGGGGGCAGGGGCGUCAUUUCAGGCAUUUUCGGAAAGGGGGGGCAGGGGCGUCAUUUCAGGCUUUUUCGGGGGGUGGGGGCAGGACAAAACCAAAGCUUGGUCGGCUUGUAAGUUGUUCAUUACUGGAAACGCCACAGUAAAUAUCAAUUUAAAUAAAACCUGCAAAUUCAAGGAGGGGGGGGGGGAGGGGGUUACAAAUGCCCCACCCUGCCAUACCCUAUUUACGUUUCGGUUGGGGGGGGGGCGGGGUUGUUGAGUUGUUUAUUACUUGGCUAGAUGUGCCACGGGUGCAGGACAAAACCAAAGCUUGGUCGGCUUGUAAGUUGUUCAUUACUGGAAACGCCACAGUAAAUAUCAAUUUAAAUAAAACCUGCAAAUUCAAGGAGGGGGGGGGGGGAGGGGGUUACAAAUGCCCCACCCUGCCAUACCCUAUUUACGUUUCGGUUGGGGGUGGGGCUGGGUUGUUGAGUUGUUUAUUACUUGACUAGAUGUGCCACGGGACAUAAUAAUUUAACUAAGAAUUGCCACAUGAUGACUGAUGUUUUCAAUUGUUGUUAAUUUAAAUGGUGGAAUAGUUGUGGUCUUCCUGAUUUAUUUUCUGCUUCAUUUGAUUGUCUGCUGUCUUAGACACUGAUUCCUAGUGGGGAAACAAUCUUGCAAAAUCAGGGGGGGGGAACGCCCCUCCCUCCUGCCCUAUCCACAUAAUGCCCCUGUUCACCAGCAAACUGAAUCUAUCACUAUCACUCAAUAACAGAAAAAAAAAGCAAAACUGUCAUUGUAGCUCAUUGUGGAUCAUUGGCUGCAUGGAUGUGCCCUACGUGUGUCGUGUAACGAUCCAAAUUAAUAAAUAAAUAAACCCAUCUCUAUUGUUCGCGUCGCCCACUUAGCAAGAAAAUCAAUGAUUCGAUUUUCUCAACAGACAUCUUAUAGUUGUAACAACUGGACCGUGUAAAUUGAUCCCAGCGAGGGGAAACGUAAAGUGUUUUCACCAGGGUCCAUUUGUGCUAACCACAUCAUGUCCCUGCCCUGCUGUGCUGACCUCAUCGUGUCACUGACCAUCUGUGCUGACCUCGUCUGGUCACUUGCCAUCUAUGCCAUCUCAUCAUGUCACAAUGCUUCUAUGCUGACCUCAUCAUGUCACUUUCUAUCUGUGCUGACCUCGUCUGGUCACUUGCCAUCUAUGCCACCUCAUCAUGUCACAAUGCUUCUAUGCUGACCUCAUCAUGUCACUUUCUAUCUGUGCUGACCUCGUCUUGCCACUUGCCAGCUAUGCCAUCUCAUCAUGUCUCAAUGCUUCUGUGCUGACCUCAUCAUGUCACUGCCCAUUAGGGCUGACCUCGUCCAUUUGUGGUAAUCUCAUUACACGUAUAUAGUCAGCCCAAAUGGGGUAACAAAAUUGCCACAUUGGCCCCGCCCCUUGAUCAGUUAUUACGUCUCUAACUAUUGGUGUAAUAAGUGAAGACAGUCGUGUGGACAAUAAAAGUCAAGGGACGCACACUUAAGAGAAAAGAAAGCAUAUUACAAAUGUAUAGGAUGUUUUAUUAUGUUACAUCUCUUUGUGUGGUGGUUUGGGUCUAGAAGACUUUAUGCCCAAGUGAAUUAUUUCAUAAUGAUAUUUGGAGCCUCCAGGAAGGUUCAAUUUUGAUAUAUGGAGCCUCCGAGGAUGCUAAUGGUUGAUAUAUGGAACCUCCAAGAAGGCUAAUGGUUUAUAUAUGAAGCCUCCGAGGAGGCUAAUGGUUGAUAUAUGGAGCCCCCAAGAAGGCUAAUGGUUGAUAUAUGGAGCCUUAAAAGAGGCUAAUACUUGAUAUAUGGAGCCUCCGAGGAGGCUAACACUUGAUAUAUGGAGCCUCCGAGGAGGCUAAUGAUUGAUAUAUGGAGCCUCCAAGGAGGCUAAUGAUUGAUAUAUGGAGCCUCCGAGGAGGCUAAUGAUUGAUAUAUGGAGCCUCCAAAGAGGCCAAUGAUUGAUAUAUGGAGCCUCCAAGGAGACUGAUUGAUAUAAGGAGCCUCAAAGGAGGCUUAUUACAAGAUAUAAAUACAAAUAAGCUCAGCUACUUUUUUUUGGUAGUUACUUACGAAUAACACUUACUGGUAAACCUAAUACAUGAUGAACCGGUACCGGUACGUGUAUUUAUGUGGUUAGCAACACCUUAAAAUCUACAGUGGCGAAGCUAGAGUGUUUGAAAAUCCACCGUAACACACAAUAUAAGUACAGCUAAUUACAUAUUAAAACUGGAAAACCCUAUUUCAUCUAUCAUAAUACAUAGCUCAGUAAGAACGUGGAGCAAUAGGGCCUACUAUAAAAUUAGAACGUGGAGCAAUAGGGCCUACUAUACCAUAAACAAGUGCAGCUAUAGGGCCGACUAUAAUAUAACAAUCAGUUUUCUUUACUCUUAAAAAAAAAUAAAAAAAUAUUUCUUCCGCAGGAUCAAGUUUGACAACACAUCUUGACAUAUUGCUGAAAAACAUUGAAGAUGGCUGACAUGACUAAACUGAAUGAAGAACUCAAGGCGAAGGCCAGAGUGACAAGGGCACAUUCCAAGGAUCCACUGGAGUUGGUUCAGGCCCAGUUUCUGGCAAGGGGUGCAAGUGGCAUCAAGGGGGCUCAAAUGUUAGUCACAGUUAGUCAUCAAUUAUUUUAUACACAUCAUUUAGUUGUUUAAAAAAACAAAAAAACGAACAAACAAACUAAAAACGGAACAAACCAACAAACAAAAGCACUACUUUACACUAUAGACCUAUUUAAUGUUAGUACUUCAAACACUUUUGUUAGUUCAAUUCGUAAUUUUAUUAACUUCAGUCUGGUGAAAUUCAAAAAACAUUUAAAUACAAUUAGGCAAUUUAAUUUUAUAGUCCAUAAUUAUUUCCAAACAUUGGCCAUGGAUGUAGUAAGAAUUGUCCAAAGGAGGGGGGAAUUAAAAUCAAAUUUGUUUAUUGUAUCAAGGCGGAUUAAUUUUGCUAUAUAUAUUUAAUUCAAAUGCUGUAAGUGGUUGGUGUUGGAUAACCCCCAUCUUCAACGCCAUGGAUCCAUACAACAAAAAAGGAAAAACUCCAAAAAUAAAAUUAAUUCUAGGAUGAGAGGAGACAUCCAAAGACAUAAAACAGAAAUAUAUAUUUUAGAAUCUAUUUUUUUAUAAUGAAAUAAUGGACUUUAAUGGUUAAAAACAAAAAUAGAGGGGAAUAAAUCAGAUGCAUCUGUUUGUUUAAGCACUUGUCCACUGAAAUUUUUUGUUUACAACUUAAUACGAAUUUGAAAGUUAUUUAUAAAAAAAAAAUAAUUGUGCUCAUAUUUUAUUACUUUCAUUUCACAGGCGAUUUCGAAUUAUGGAUGAUGACAGCAAUAGAAAAUUGUCUUUUGAUGAGUUCUCCAAGGGAAUCAGAGAAGUGGGAGCUGUACUCCAAAGGGAACAGGAAAUUGAGCUUUAUAGAACAUUUGACAGGGACGGAGAGGGAACUAUUAAUUUUGAUGAAUUUCUCAGAGCUAUACAGGUAAAUAAAAAUAAUGAAAUUUUGUAUUUUUAAUAUAGAUUUAUCAUCUUUCUAAAUGAAAAAUUAUCUAUUUUCAAUAAUGGUCAUUCAAAAAUAAACUAAACUAUGGUAUAUGCAUUUUGGAUGAUCUAAAUUUUUUUUUUUAAGCAAUCAGAUGUCAGGACCAUAUCUAAAUUUUUUAAUGAUUAAAAUAAUAUUAGAAGGCGUUAAUAAACCUGCUUAUUUGAAGUCAAAGUCUCUGAAAAUAAUGAUUCAACAAAUAUUUUUCCCCCGUUCAGCCAAACUGAUGCAGCUCCAACGCUUAUGGUCUAUAGUUAGUUUAAAACAAAACAUUGUACCAAACGCUUCCCUUUUGUUUUAUGUACUCAAGUUAUCUAUCAUUCUUAACAAAUUUUCCAUAAUUCAGUUUUAAGUAUACAGGGUUAUAUUAUGUUUAUAUUCAAUAGCUUCAGACUCUAGCGUAUAAACUUCAUUUUGUAAACUUUACUUUUUCCUUUCAAUUCUUUAGCCAAAGAUGAAUGAGAGAAGGAGGAAGCUGGUUGAAGCUGCUUUUGUCAAAAUGGACAAAACAGGUGGAGUAAUUUGCAUUGUUUUGGUGCCGAAUUAGGAGUAAUUAUCUAUUAAAAAAAAUAUAUACUUUUUUUGUUACAAACAAUGAAAUGACUCUUAAUUCUAUGAAUAUUCAUUUUGAAGGCACAAACUUGAUGCAUUACACAGAAAUUGUAACAGAAAUGAAUGAUUGAAAUUAAUUUCUGUUUACUGGAAUAUCCUAAACUAAAGGUGAUGGUGUUGUGACUGUGAAAGACAUUGCUAAAACCUACAAUGCAAGCAAACAUCCUAAAUACAUCAGUGGUGAAUGGACUGAAACAAAAGUAUACCAAGAAUUCCUGAAGACAUUUGAAGCCGAAGGACAUGUUGAUGGAUUAGUAUGUCAUUGCUUUCACAAUGCUUUUAUGUGUUCUGUUGAAAAUUAUAAAUUUUGUGAGCAGCUUUGAUCACAAUAAAAUUUGAUGAAUAAUAAAUAUUGAAAAUAAAAAUAAAACUGGAUUAGUGAUUAAUUUCAAACCAUGUUUAAUUUUAAAAAUUUCAACUUUCACAAAUCAGAUUUUCAAGUAUUUUGAAUUCCACUUUUGUAUUAUAACUUUUAUUGACAAAUUUUGAUUUAAUAAGAGAAGAAAGCAAGUUUGUUAAGCUGUGACAAGAUUUAAUUUAAAAUGAUUAUAAACAGUAUUUUGCUUGUUUUCUUGCUGCAACAUUGAAAUUACCCUGCUGAAUAAAUAUAUUUUGUAUUUUUACAAUAUGUCUCUAAAUGAUUUUGUUUCAGGAUACCUGCAUUUCAUAAAAUGUCUAAAACUCUCAAGACUUACUUUGUAUUUGAUUAUCUAUAGUAUUCUUGCUUUUAUUUUUAAUUACUUUCCUUUUUUUAACAGGUAACAUUAGAAGAAUUUAUGUCCUAUUAUGCAUCCAUCAGCUGCAGCAUUGACAACGAUGCUUACUUUGAUCUUAUGAUGCGCAACAGCUGGGGCAAUGAUCUCAUGGUUUGAUGUGGUGAGAUCAAAUUUUAUUGUUUCGAGCUAACGCUCUAUUUCAUUAAAAAAAUCUAACAUGUGAUAACCAUGAUUUUUGUUGUUGUUCUUUAGAUGGCUAUUGAAUAGUUUUCCUUGUUGCUACUGAUAAAUAAUUUUGUAAGGAAAAAGGAAAAAAGUGAAGUAGGGCCUAAAAUUUAGAAAGGCUAAAUAUAAUUCAUAAUAAUUAAGUGUUUAUUAAAAAGUAAUAGGUAAUUAGAGUAAAAUAUCAUAUCUUAACAUUAAAAAAAUAAUUUAAAAUCUGUCAUACAAAUUUUUCCUUAAUUAUGUUGUAAAAAGUGAUAGACCUAUAAUUUUUUCCCUUUAAAAAUAUAAUUUUUAAAAAAAUGUUAUUAUCUUUUUUUUCCAGAUAAUAAAAUGAUGUAACUUGUAUAUAUGGUGUUUUUACGCCGUACGCAUUACCUUUUUAGAAUCACAUUUCAAAUGAGCAGAACUUUUUUUUUUUAUUGUUUUCUUUAUAUAAUAGAAAGGAUGGAAUGAAAAAUAGUCUGACUUUUUGUAUAUGUUAUUUUCUAUUUUUACUUCAGCAUAAUUGUAUUUGAAUUGUAUACCAAAUUAUUCUUUGGUGAAAACGUUUAUGGUUAAAUGUUUUGAAAAGAAAUGAAAAGGUAGGGUAGCAGUAACUGGUUAUCAAGUGGUGCUGAUUUUUUUUUAAAAAUACAUUUUAAAUAGUUGGUGUAUUAUUUUGCACGUAAGGAUAGAAACUAUUUAUUUAAAAGGUAAAAAUUAAUAAACAGCAAUGCAUUUAUUUAUAACAUCCCCUAUCUGUACUUAUGAAUUGAUGUUGUACUUCUCUUUGUCAUUUAGAAAGAAAAGAAAAUCUCUUGAUGAAUAUGGAAAAGAUAAUUUUCAAUGGCAAUUACGAAAAAUACAUGUCUAAUUGGAGAGAUUAGAAAAAUUCAGUUGUCGUGGUACAAGAACAAAAAUAGUUUUUUUUUCAUUUUAGUUGAUGUAUAUAUAUAUAUAAAAAUUGUGAAGUAUACAGGAGGAAAAUAUAAAAUGAUACAACAUAUUUUAAAUUCUUUGUCACAUUUUUAUCUUAUAAUCAAUAAAAUUUAAUGACAGUUAUUUAUAGUCUAGCAAUGUAGUGUACUUUGUCUUUUAAAUAUUUUAAUUUGAUCACAUCAAUGAUUUUGAGCAAACACACAAUUUUCAAACCAUGUUUAAAUGUCCAGUCAUUUAAGUGUGAAAAAUGACAAUUUUUGAUCCAGAAAAAAAAUCAAAUAUAAGAUUUUAUUUUUCUAAUGGUCGAUUGUUCAAAGGAAAUUAAAC